AUGGUGUUGCGGGAUUUGGAGAAAGAUGAGCCCUUUUAUUUGAAAAUCGACGGAAAAUGGGUAUACGUCGACGAGGAAGUGCUGAAAGCGCAUCCAGGAGGAAGUGCAAUCACGACUUAUAAGAAUAUGGAUGCGACUACCGUAUUCCACACAUUCCAUACCGGCUCGAAGACAGCUUACAAGUGGCUGAACGAGCUCAAGACCAAAUGUCCCACACAGGAGCCUUGUAUAGUUAUACCGAAGAUUCAGGAUGAUUCCAUGUUGGGAUAUGAUGAUGUGAAUAUGGGAAAGUUUGAUCUAUCACAAGAGAAAUCCGAGGAGAUCAAGAAGAGUUUUGAAAAGCUACGAAUUCGCGUUCGCGAGCUUGGACUGAUGAAUGGAAGCCCGGUCUUCUAUCUGAGGAAAGUGAUCGAGGCGAUACUGACAAUCGGCUUGGCAAUGUACCUACAAUACCAUGGUUUUUAUUUGGUGGCAGCGAUUCUCAUGGGUGUUGCCUGGCAGCAGCUGGGAUGGCUGGUGCACGAGUUUGCGCACCAUCAACUAUUCAAGAAUCGCUACUAUAACGAUUUGGCAAGCUAUUUUGUGGGAAACUUCCUUCAAGGGUUCUCGUCGGGCGGAUGGAAAGAGCAGCACAAUGUGCAUCAUGCGGCGACGAAUGUUGUCGGCAAAGAUGGCGAUUUGGACUUGAUGCCCUAUUAUGCGACGGUCGCGAGAGAUUUGAAGCUUGCUGAUAGUUGGCUGCUUUCCGUUAUCCAAUACCAGCACAUCUAUUGGACCUUCUUAUUACCCCUUCUUCGUCUCUCAUGGCUCGUCCAGUCGAUUUUGUUCGUCCGAGCGAUGCCUACGCAUUUCUACAAGUACUAUCGGGACACCGCCAAAUAUGAAACGGUAGGAUUGGCUCUUCAUUGGACCUACGUCGCUGUGCAGCUCUACUUCUUGCCGGACACACCGACGAGAAUCAUGUUCUUCUUGGUGUCUCAAAUGGUCGGUGGAUUCUUGCUUGCCCACGUCGUCACGUUCAAUCAUUAUUCUGUGGAGAAAUAUACGCUGAGCUCCAACAUCAUGUCGAACUACGCUUGCCUCCAAUUGAUGACAACUAGGAACAUGCGGCCAGGAUUGUUCAUCGAUUGGCUCUGGGGCGGUCUCAACUAUCAGAUCGAACAUCACCUAUUCCCGACGAUGCCGCGACACAACCUCAACACGGUGAUGCCGCUCGUCAAGGAAUUCGCGCGGCAAAACGGACUGCCAUAUAUGGUUGAUGACUAUUUCACCGGAUAUAAAUUGGGACUGGCGCAAUUUUAUAAUAUUGCGCAAAUUGCCACAAAAUUGACUCACAAAAUCAUGUAG